GCGAGCAGUCGUAGCUGUGAGAAGCGCGACUUCAGUCACAAGUAAAUUCAGGCUCUCACCUCUCCUGCAACUGAGAAUGAUGCACCCCCCUAAGGAGGCGUGGGUUUCGCCCCAAACUGAGCCUGAUGGAGUCAUACAGGAAAGCCGAACAGAUUCCAACGCCCAGCUCGUUCUAAGGGUUGGUGUGACUUCAAAGACGCCCUGCAAGAUCCUCCUGAUUUUGACGGGUAUAUUUGCGGCCGCAACCGUCGCUCUGACUGUCACCACCGUUGUGUUCGUCAUGCAGAGGAACGACAUUGCGAACGAAUGGAACGAAUGGAAAGAGACUCCGAUUUGCAGCACAAAGCAGUGCUAUGACUCCGCGUACGUUUACUUAAGCAGUUUGGAUCAGAGCAAGAAUCCCUGUGACAAUUUCUUUGAAUACGCUUGCGGUGGGUGGACGGAACGUUACACAGUUCCAGAGGACAGAAACACCUACUCUGUAUUCGCUCUGCUGACAGACGACCUGGCACGCAAGCUAAAAGUUCUGUUUGAACAAAGCCCGACUGUCGGCGAGCCUGAUUCAUAUCACAUUGUAAGGAAUGACUACAAAUCUUGUCAGGACAUGGACACCAUCAACGAGCUGGGAGCGAAACCUCUGACUGACCUGCUGACAUCCCUCGGCGGUUGGCCAGUCCUCGGAGACAACCCAGUGGGCGGAAACUGGGACCCAGCCGCCUUCGACUUUGAGAAGCUGUGGGCCGACAUCAGGGGCAAAUACGGCAUACAAAUGAUCGUUUCCACAGGCGUAUGGCCCAAUGACACAGCCGAGUAUAAACUAAAUGCUUGGACACCAUACUUCGUAGUUCCGAGGACCGAAAUCGAAAACGCACAUUUGCAGGGAGUCAAGAGUUUGAUCGACGAAAGCAAUGAGCCUGAUGACUACGGGGUGAAGAUUCUCUUGGAGGAGAGGUAUUCCAAAAAGAGGCAAGCCUACCUUCAGUACAUGAUCGACAUUGCUCUGGCGCUUGGCGCAAACGAGACGGUUGCAAUGCAAGACAUGAUCGACCUCAUCGAGUUUGAAACAACUAUGGCAAAUAUGACCGUUCUACAUUCAGAGGAGGGCUGGAUCGAAAACACUCUCGGGGAGAUUGGAAUGGAUGAGAUUGACUGGGUGCAGUUUUACAAUCUGAUGUUGCCGGCAAGUGUCGACCCACGCGUUACUGACAACGAACCCAUCAUCAACUACAGGCCUUACUACAUUUCCAACGUCACAUUUUGGCUCAAAGAUCAAGAAAACAGAGUCAAGGCCAACUACAUGAUAUGGCGGCUGGUUAACCGAAUGGUGCCCUUUAUGAACGAGACGUUCCUGGCAAUCCACAGAAAAUACGUCGAGAGUAAUAACAACACUACAGCCACCUCGGCCCGUUGGAAGACGUGCGUUGACGUUGUUAACUAUCACUUCAAAUUCAUUAGCGGAAGGAUGUACGUGGACGAACACUUUCCUGAAGACGCAAAGCAGAAGACCCUAGACAUGAUACGCAAUCUGCAAACGGCUUUCAAGUCCAUGCUGGAAACGAAUGACUGGCUCCAGGACGAAGAUAAGCCCAAAGCUGCUGAAAAGGCAGAUGUGAUGGCCUUUGAAAUUGGCUACCCGGAGUGGAUAAAGGACAACGCUAAACUCGAAGAAGAGUACGCUGGUUUAACAGCCGAGGACGACGAAUAUUUCCAGAAUAACUUGAAAUACCGUAAAUGGAUUUCUCAGGCCCAAUUGGCACUCCUACGUGAAGAUGUGGACACUGAAAACUCACUGUGGUUCACUGGACCAGCUGUUGUCAAUGCGUAUUACAGUCCAAACAGAAACGGAAUGUUGUUUCCGGCAGGCAUCCUCCAACCACCUUUCUACCAUAAAGAUCUUCCGUGGUAUUCCAUUUACGGCGGUAUCGGUGUGAUCAUUGGACACGAGAUAACGCAUGGUUUCGAUAACAAUGGAAGACAAUUCGACAAAGACGGCAAAUUUAGGCAGUGGUGGACUCAGGAAUCCAUUGAUAAUUUCAAAGAGAAAGCCCAGUGCAUUAUCGAUCAAUACUCUGGCUUUGUUAUGCCAGAAAAUGGAAGACACCUAAACGGAACCCAAACGCAAGGUGAAAACAUUGCUGACAACGGAGGUCUCAGAGAGUCGUACAAGGCCUACAGGGACAACAUUCCGAAGCAGCCUCGGCUUCCUGGCAUUGAUUUCACCGAUGAGCAGAUGUUCUUCCUUUCAUUUUCUCAGAUCUGGUGCAGUGUGUUAAAACCAGAAGGUGCGGAUGGGUACAUUGACUAUGCACGCCACAGUCCAGGCCGAUACAGAGUCAUUGGUUCACUGCAGAACAACGAGGCGUUUAACGCUGCCUUCAACUGCCCGGCUGGAAGCUACAUGAAUCCAGACGUCAAAUGCAAAGUCUGGUAUUAAGUUAAUUCGGACAAAGUAAGUGCACAAAUGUGACUCUAAGAUAUUAAAACGUAUAUCAUAAUCAUUCGAGAAUCGAUUUCUGACAUUUUUAAGGUGUCAGUUAUGCCUUUAACUGCAACAAUAAAACAAACAUAAAAGCGGAUUCUUUAUUACUCGUUAGCUACCACAUGUAUAAUCUCGUGAUACAAGUAUUAGAACUAUUUGAAUUUCACUCUUUUCAUGCCCACUGAUUACUUUGUACUGUUCAGUGGUAAAAAUUUUAUAAUCACAAUGUCGCUUUGUAAUAACUAUUGCUUCGUGUGUACUAUAAAAAGAGUGCGGUAUCUCUGAUUUUUCUACACAUACUACAAGGUAAAACUUUGGCCUACAGGAAGCUUUCGUGAUUAUGGGCAAUGAAAGCUAUAACAUUCACA